AUGAUUUUAGAUGACACCACAAUCAUAAAUAAUAUUACCGAAAAUAUCAACGACUUUGACGAAAAUGCCUGGGAUACAAUCGACUCAGAAAUUCAAGGAGACGGCAACCUUUCAAUAUGCAAUAUUAAAUAUACUGAAAAUGGCAGUUUACCAGGACCAUCGGUUAACGAAGGCACUAAAAAUAGUAAUGCGCUUAGAACAAUAGAAAAAAACUAUAAUACCCCGGAUACAUCACCCGUGAAAAUCUUACCUCACGAUAAUAUUUUAAUUGAAGAACACGCUAGUGAAAACGACACAAACUUAGAUGUUGUGGCCACAACCGAAAAACCGAAAGAAAACCCCAUGCUGCCAGUAGGUGAAUCCGCAGAAGAACUUAUGUGCUUUAAAGUAUCAACGCCGUUUAAAAACGCUUUUUACUUCCCUAAGAAAGUUGAAGAUUCGGCAAAGAAAAGAGCUACGAGAAAAAUUACGCCAGUAGUAGCAAUUUCAGAUGAAUUCAUGGAGUAUCAGAGAAGAAUCGAGGCGGAAAAAGAAAAGAAGCAACAUGAGAAAGAACAAAGAAAAAUUAAAAAAGUAACAAAUCAAUUGCUGAAGAAAAGAAAAUUAAAUCCUGAAGAUAAUUCUGAAAAAAACGUGGAAAAGAAAAUAAGUAAUUACAAAAUUGGAGACUAUGUAAUAACAAUAUACGAAGGAGAACUCUUUCCAGGAGUUGUUUGUGGUUAUGAUGAGAAUGGAAUAAUGGCGGGAAUAACUGUAAAAUCAAUGGAAAUGAGUGGACCAAACUGGAAGUGGCCAGAAAAAGAUGACAUAUUGACCUACGAUAUCAAAGAUAUUUUAUGUAAAAUUGAACCGCCUGAAUUAAUAAACAUCAGGGGCAUUUAUAACAUUCCAAAGAUGGAAGAAUUUAAAAAAAAAGUCAACCUAGUUUUUCAUAGAUGUAGUUAUGUUUUUGUAUUUCAAGUAAAUAUUGUUGUAUUGUAA